CGCCUGCCGCCCAGAUACGACUACCUUUUCAAGCUCCUCCUCAUCGGUGACUCCGGUGUCGGGAAGUCUUGCCUGCUGCUCCGGUUCGCAGACGACACAUACACCGAGAGCUACAUCUCCACCAUCGGUGUUGACUUCAAAAUCCGAACCAUCGAACUCGAUGGCAAGACGGUGAAGCUGCAGAUCUGGGACACAGCCGGCCAGGAGCGCUUCCGCACAAUCACUUCCUCCUACUACCGAGGUGCCCAUGGGAUCUGCGUCGUGUACGAUGUCACCGACAUGGACUCGUUCAACAACGUGAAGCAGUGGCUCCAGGAGAUUGACCGAUAUGCCACUGAGGGCGUCAACAAGCUGCUGGUGGGCAACAAGUCCGAUAUGGCCGAUAAGAAGGUGGUCGAGUACACCGUGGCCAAGGAAUUCGCAGACAGCCUCGGCAUCCCGUUCCUCGAGACGUCGGCAAAGAGCGCAACCAACGUCGAGCAGGCCUUCUUGACCAUGGCCCGCCAGAUCAAGGAGCGCAUGGGCACAACCACGGCCAACACCAAGCCCACAGUACCCAUCGGUCAGGGCCAGGGCGUCCAGAGCGGCUCCGGCGGUGGAUGCUGCUAG